AUUUAAAUACUUUGUCCUUAUUUCCUAACCUCUUACUUGCUUUACAGGUCAUGGCUCUCUCAUUGGGAAAAGAUAUGGCUAGUUUGCGAAUGCAGUUGGAUGGUCCUGUAACUAUAACUUCUCAGGAGCAAACUGCUGUUGAAGAAUCAGUGGAACAUAUAUAUUCUGCUUGUCAAGGAAGAACAAGACUCAAAGAGACUUUCCCUCUGCACAAAAGUCGGCAUAUAAGCUAUCUACGAAAGGGCCUCCUAAGACUAUCAGAAAACUUUGAAUGCUUAGAUGCUAGUAGACCAUGGUUAUGUUAUUGGAUUUUACACUCUCUGAAUUUAUUGGGUGAUCAAAUAUCGCAAGAGCAGCAGUUAAGAUUAUCUGAGUUUCUAAAGUCUGUCCAAGCUGAUUCUGGUGGUUUCUGUGGUAACAUUGGACACUUGCCACAUCUUGCUACAACAUAUGCUGCAGUUUCAGCCUUAGCUUCACUCGAUUUUGAGCCUUGUUAUGAUAUUAUUGAUACAGACAAGCUCAAGCAGUUUCUUGAAAAUAUGCAUAAUGAUGAUGGAUCCUUUACCAUGCACAAAGAUGGUGAAUUAGAUGUGAGAGGUGCUUACUGUGCCGCAGUUGUAGCUCAACUCAGUGGUAUACAUUCUGAUGAGCUUUUUGCCAACACUGGAGAAUGGAUAGCUAAGUGCCAAACUUUUGAAGGUGGGUUUGGAUCACGUCCUGGGACUGAAGCUCAUGGUGGUUACACUUUCUGCUCUCUUGCUGCCCUGAUAUUAUUAAACAAAACCCACCUCAUUAACAAAGAUCAACUUUUAGAUUGGGCUGUUCACAGACAGAUGAAAUUUGAAGGAGGUUUUCAGGGUCGGACAAAUAAAAUGGUCGAUGGAUGUUACUCAUUUUGGCAGGGUGGUGUUUUUCCAUUACUGCACCACAUUUUAAAGACUGAUCUCAAAAAUCUUGACGAGAAAGAAUGGCUCUUUUCGCAAGUGGCAUUGCAAGAUUACAUUCUGUUUUGCUGUCAGUACCCCAGUGGAGGCUUAGUUGACAAGCCAGGUAAAUCUCGAGACUACUAUCACACUUGUUACUGCCUCAGUGGUUUGUCGGUUGCGCAGCAUUCCUUUGAAAAUACUUUCAUAAGAGGGGAUCAGAACAAUCUCAUUGAACCAACUCAUCCAGUUUUCAACAUUGUUUUAAACAAGGCUGAUAAGAUGGCUAAAUAUCUUAGAAACAAAAGAAGUGUCAAUGAAGCGCCAUCAAAGUAAACGCCUUUAUAGGUAUUGAAAAAAACUUAAUAUUCUUCCUGGUAUUGUGAACAAGAUCUUCUGUUUUAGGAAAAUUCUGUUUGCCUAAAUUUAUGUUGGUACCUUUUUUACAGUUUACAGUUUAGAAUAUUUAAAAUCUGUACAAAGAAGCCCGGUUCUCUUAAAAUAAAUCUUAUUUCUGUUAUAUAUUUGAUAAUGUUUUAUCAAAUUUAUGAGUUUUGUCUAUGAAGCUUUCAUUCCAUUUGUUUGUAAUUGAGGACUUUAAUUUCUAUUUUGAACUUUUCAUCUACCUGAUAUACGGUAAAUUUCAAUGCACAUUCCUGCCGAACUGUUCCUAAAUUUAAUCUUAAUUUCAUUGAUAUUGUUCUAAAAAAUUACAAAUUAUUUUCCUUCUUGAUUCAUAACGC